UAGUUAGAGCCGCCUCCCAAAAAGACACCAGUGACAGUACACCCCUCCCAAUUAAAAGAAUUCCAAUAAACGAAACCAAGAAAAUCGAAGAAUGCCGCGACGAAAUGACCAUCACUGACGAAAUUCAAAAUAAACAAAGAAACGGUAAAGAUCGUGAUGCACAUCAGGAACCGAUGACGCCACUUAGCGAAGACUUAGGAAAGACGGCAGAAAAAGAGAAAAAGAAUAUCAGUAUCCAGCGCACAGAAGGAAAUCGGAAACUUACCUGGGAUCAAGCCCCAAAAAACGAGAAUACCGGGGUGCCGAACAAUAGGAACGAUGACAUGAGGAAGAUGAUGAGUAAACCGGAAGAAGACAACGGAUUAGCACAAGACACAGAGAAGGUGCAUCAUCAAGAGAAAGCGAGAAACCGACCGGAAGACGUGCCGACGAAUGACCAGGCAGAAGGAAAUCUUGACGAGAAGAUGUACCCCAAGCCGCAAAGAGAAGUCGACCACGUGGAAAGAGUUGGUGAAGCUGUUCAAAGGAUCGAUGCAAUGAUCAGAAAUCAAGAGCUAACCUGCGACGAAGUAUCGGUUGCUCACGACUGCACAAAGCUAUGGGAAGAAACGUUUAGAACCAUGAUGCCUGGAAUCAAUGAGAAGAUCGGUCACAGAACUGAAGCAGGGGACGAACCAGAAAAAAGAGAAAGGAAGCUAAUAAUGAGUCAAGAACAACAUCAAGGAGGAGGACGGGAAAUUGAACUAAGGAACACGAAAAUCGGAAUGCCCGAAGUAAGAAAGGAUGUGCUACGUAACGACCAACCAACAUCCAGGGAAAUAAGAAUGAAAAGCACCCAUAAUUGUGCGUGUAGAACGAUUAUCAUGUACCCUACUCCAUGUCGGAAAAUCGUUAGACGCAAAAAAAGAAAAAACGGGCAAGAAACCAUAGUCAUAAAUGAUGACCCACUCGAUGAAACCCUCGGCAUCAGAAAACCACUGACAAUCACGGACCAUCGAGAUCAAGGAGGAGGAUGGGAAAUUGAACUAAGGAACACGAAAAUCGGAAUGCCCAAAAACGAUUAUCAUGUACCCUACUCCAUGUCGGAAAAUCGUUAG